AUUAUAACAUAGGACAAAGAGACGGGCCAGAGGGAGUAAUCAUCAUUCCACGUCAUUUACAUAAGGCAGCCGAUGGAAACGAUGUCGUGGCAGGACUGUACAAUGGGACUUGCUUGGAAGGCCACAUGAGGAGCAGUAUGCCAUUCUACAGCACAGCCUUGCUUAAUGCAUGGUUGGAAAAUGAAGUUAAG